AUGGAAGUAUGCACUGAAGGAAGUGAAGGAGGCGUUAUGGGAGCUAUUAAAGAAAAUAUGGAAUGGGGAAGGGAUACCGGAAGAUUGAAAAAAAGGUGGAUACUGGACGAACGGCUGAAGGCAGAGAUUGAAACCAAACUGGAAGAGAGCCAAUUCGAAUUCAGAAAAGGAAGAGGAGUAAUCGACGCAGUGUUUGUGAUAAGUCACAUCAUUGACAAACAGUUGAGUAGAGAAAGAGGGAAGCUGUUUGCCUGUUUUGCAGACUUAAGAGCGGCGUUCGACAGGCUAAACAGAGAGAAAUUGGAGGAGAAAAUGAGAAAAAUGGAGGUUAACGAAAAACCAACUCGAAGGAUAAAAGAGUUGUACGCAGAAACAAAGAAUGUGAAAAGCGGUAGUGAUGAGAAACACAUACAAGACAGGAAAAAGAGAGCAACAAUAACAAUGAAGAAAACAUGGAGCGUGGGAGAAAGAAUUUUUAAACAGGACUACAAGAGGAGAAUGAAGAUGUUCGGAGCACUGGUAGAGAGCGUAGCGCUGUUUGGAGCAGAGGCCGGGGCUGGAACAUGGAAUAAAGACUGGAUAGAAUACAAAAAAAGAUAUCUGAAAUGGAUCUUAGGUUUAGAUAUGACAACACCGAAUUAUAUAUUGAUAGAAGAAUGCAAGCUAACAGAAAUCAAAGAAAAAGCAUUAAGAAGAGCAGCAAGGUAUGAAGGGAAAGCCAUAGAGUCAAAAAAGGAACUAGCUCUUGCUGGCCUUGAUUUCGAUAUUGUUGGGUCUAUAUGCUUUGGUAAAUAA